AUGGCCAAUCCUUCGCCUGUCGACAGUUUUUUUGCGACGUUUACCGGCCUGAAAACAAUUCUCUAUCGAAAUAUAUCUCUGUUAACUGUUAUAAUAUUUCCUCUAGCAUAUCAAAUGAUCAUUGUAGAUUUUCUUAGCCAAGAACACAAGAGUGGAGCUUGUAACAAUACAGGUAAGCAGUUUCAAAUGUCUAUUUUAUUUUGCAUCCUUUUUUAUAUCUUCAUGAUCGCCUUUUUAUGGUUGAGAACCCCAAAGUCACUGAUAGCCCGUAAUUAGGUAAUUUUAUGAUAAAUGGCAGGGCGAUUUGGAUUUUCCUUAGUAUAUUCACAAGGUGAGGAUUUGAUCUACAACCUUAUGACGUUUAUUAUUCACACUGUGGUCAUAAUAUUCAAAACAUUGAAGUUGUCUUGUCGGCAGGUGUCCUGCUCUUGGGCUUAAGGAGUUUAUAGAAUUGUAUUCGCUGGCUACAAUGUAUAUAAUGUUAUAUUUCUUGCGCAGAAAACUGUCUAAUGGCGAUGGGAACCAAAGACCCGAAAAAAAAUAGUAGUGGAAUCGGAGGAGGAACUAAGGUAUAAUUAAAUGUGAUAAUAUAUUAGAUGACGAUUUUUAUUUUUUAUUUUGUUAUUUUUACUUACUUCUUUUUUCAUGUUAAGUCGAUCGUUGUGAGGGCUAUUUUGUUUCAGGGCUCAUUUGUGUGUUAUUGUUCUCAGAUAUAAAAGCGUGUACCACUUUUUGGGUCGAAACGGGCGAACAAUUCUUUUGUAAUUUGUAAACAGUUUAUAUGUUCACUGUCCUUUGUUCCAGUGUCUCUUGUGCGAUUUCUUUGUCGUCUGUGACCCAAAAAUAUUACAAAACUAUUUGCAUAUUAUAAUGUAGAAACCGAUUUAAAUUUAUAUUGUAAAAUUUUAACGAAAAUGUUAUCUUAGAAAAUUACGUGAGCUGAUACGAAAAUAGUUGCAUACCCUUGGACAUCGAGUGACAGCGGUUGUCAAAUAAAAACACGCGACUACUUUCACUCACGGUCAAAGUUGUAUGGUCGACGUCAAUGGUUAAAAUAAGAGUCGCUUAAACUAUUUCAGUUCACCUUCAGGAUUUCGAUACCGUAGGGCAAAAAAAUAUGGGCAAUCUCAGGCUCGAAUAAAACUUAAACACCUACAAAUAUAUUUGUUAAUAAUACAGAAAUCUUAAUCACCUGCACGUGACUGUCACGAGGGGUAUUAUAAAGCCUAAUGUCUACCGUGACAAGUGAUGUUAAAAAUGUUUAAACUUGUCUUUCUUAUAUCACACCAUUGCUGUCCGUAUUCUUAAGCUCCAAACCACUUACAAUUUUCCAUCACUGCUGUUAAAAGUGUGCUCCUGGUUGUUCAUUUUUUGCGUAUUACACCAAUUUGUCUUUUCGACCUUCUCGUUGCCGUCACCGUAAAGCUCCCUAGUGAUGAUGACGAUGAUGAUGAUGAUGAUAACAAUGACGGCGAUGAUGAAGACGAUGAUGAUGAUGGUGUAGCCUGUUCCAGGCUCCGAGAUAGUGGUGAAAAGUCGUUCAGUAAAAAGAAAUGCGAAAAACGCGCGGGGGCAGGGAAGAGACCGGGCUCUCUCCCAUUUUUAGCAAUUUUUCUGGCCGCCACCACCCCCUUUCCCAAGUAGCGCGCGUCUUAUUUUCGCCCUGGCACGGGCUAAUGAUGGUGAUGUUGAUGAUCUCUUUUUCAGACCAGUCCCCUUUUCAAUACGAGGCAUGUGUUAGAAAUGGCAAAUUACAUAGGAAUGAUGAUGGGCUCCAUAAUAUUGUGUCUAGUGGCGGACGCUAUUGGUAGACUGAAGACUCUGUUUGCAUGUCUUCUCAUUGCUUUUAUUGGAGGUCUGUCCAGCGCAUUUGCUUUCGAUAGCCUGAUAAAUUUCGCCAUCCUUCGUGGAGUUGUUGGAUUUGCAGCAGGUAUGUCGCUCACCUGUUUAGCAUUUUUAAAAAUUACCGUGAGCUCCGGGAUGUAAUUUAUGCUCACUGUAGAAAUCGAAGGUUUUGUAAUGAUCUUACCAUUUAAACGGAUAACGAAGAUGACGUUUUAGGCCAUGUUUGCACUAUGCCAUAUAGCUUUUGCGCCGGCGCGAAAAUCAUACCGGACAGGGCUUCUGUUCACACAUAAGAGCGGUGAUUUCGGCGCGAUUUCUGUAACGAAGCGAAGCUGCGCCGCGCCUAUCGUUGGAGCGUCACAUCUCGGAUAGGCUGCCACAGUUUGGUGUAGUGCGAACAGGUAUUUGGACCGUAGCAGCAGUAAAUAAAUAAGAAAGGGGAAUGCAACCCACUGACACGGAAAUAUUCUGGAAUGAGGAUUGGGAUUUACUUCACCAAACCCUCCUGGCCAACCGCUCCGGCAGGAUGUUCGAUGUGUGGGAACGACUUAUUCCAGUUAUAUGCCUUAGGUGUUUACACUAUACCGGAUAGGUUCCCCCCGGGGGGGGGGGAGGUACUUCCUAGUAAUAGGCUAAUGGGUAUGUGCCGUUGGAUGGGGUCGCAUUUUCACGACUGAAUUGACUAUUAUUAGGAUUGCAUAUUUGUAAGAGUUACUAGAAUGGGGUCGCACAUUUUCAGGAUUUUUGGGGUCAGAAAUUCAGGUAUAUAGGGAUGUGAAAGUAGAAAGAUUUACACAUAAUUAAGUACAAAUGUGUCACUUCACUUCAGGAUGACCAAGUUAAAAGGCUUUAUAAGGUAGUUGCAUAAACAGAAAGUGGCGAAGAUAAGAUUGCGAAAAUUACUUUUUUCCCAAAGUGACUAAGAUGGAGUCUAUAAUUGGCCACAAAAUAGACUAUAAUGGGGUAGGGGUUCUGAGAGGCCAGCGGCACAUAACCAGCAAAAAUGAACCGAAGUAAUCCCCCGGGAGGUUUUCUUUCAUGUGGGCACGAAAUGCUAUCCAGUAACAGUGGUGGAUCAUACUGGGAGGCGGGGGCGGCGGUCAUCCAGACCCUGAGAUAAGGGGGUGGCCCGGUCUCUAAAAUUUUUUUUCCGACCCUUCGGGCCUCAGUUUGGUCUAAAAGUAAGGGGGAGGGACACGGGCCCCCGGGCCCCUCCCCUGGAUCCCCCACUGGGUAUAGCGUGAAUAUAGCCUUAUUUUCCUUGUCACCUCCUCACCUGUCAUUUCUGCGUGGUCAUCCGAGCCACAAUCUGUUGGCAGAAGAAAAGUAGCUGAAGUAGCUAGUACUUUCGUUCAAAGUCCUCUGAGGUAUAAGUAAGCCGGCCCUAGGGAAUCGAACUCGGGCCUCCCGCCAUGCAGAGGUUUACCAAGUAAGCUAACCGUUGUCGAGCCGGCUCGGUUUUGUUUUUUGUUUGUUGUAAGGUUUUUAUUUGUUUGUCUUUUUUUUAGUUUUGUAUCGUUACUUAUGCUAAACAAUUCCGGCGAAGGCAGCUAGAAGGAUACUACAAAAAGAAAAAAACGAACAUCGUCGAAAAUUGCCAAAAAAACAAAACCCUAAAAAGUGAGUAAAAAUUGAUUAAGAUGUAUAUUAUAAUAACUAACUCAAUUACUUUGUUUUUUCUUUUCUGAAAAAGGAGGUGCCUUUCCAGUCUUGUUUAUCCUGGCGGCUGAGUACGUUAAUCCAAAGGCACGAGCCAUUGUUUUAUCUAUUUUGUGGGCAGCCACCACCCUCGCUAUAAUGUCGUUAGCUGGCGUUGGCUACAUUGUUGCAAAUCGUCGAAAUUUAAUGCUGAGCAUGACACUUCCAAUCUUACUUGGUAUUUUGCUAUUGAAGUGAGUAAUUCUACAAUCCAGCUCCAUACACACGUCUUCUAUCUCCACUUUUCUUUUAGUUUCAGAUUCAGAGUCGGAUUUUGUUUUUUUACGUUAUUAUACAACUAUUAUACAGCUGUUAUAGUGUUCUCGAAAAACGUGGAACUUUUAUUCUCCUCAGGAUUCUCCCCGAGUCGCCUCGAUGGGUCCUUCUUCACUCAGCCUCAAGUAGAUGUACAAGUGAAGCGCAAGGUCUGCUAGAGAGAGCUGUGACUGAGGAUCAGAGGCAAACUUCUAAAUACCGAGAUUUUUUGUCCUUGUGGGAAAAGUUCUACUUGCCGCCUAAAUCAGGCGGAACGGGCUGUUUCACUUUUCUUCGUCUUAAGGAACCUCGGAAAACAACCAUUGUUCUGGGGUUUGCUUGGUGAGUUAGGGAGCGUCAGUUUUGUACAGAUACGUUUACAGUUUACAGUAGAUUUUACUAAGCACUCACUCGGUGGGUGGGAAUGUUCUAAUAAACAUCCCAUGUAAUCAACCACGUCUUGGUAAACCGUCGUUACAUAGAUGUUUUGCUUGCACUUAGCUGGAUGUGUAUGGUGCACGCUCUAACUGUGUCGACUUGGCUCAUGUGAACAGGUCUGUAACUGAUAGAUUAUGAGCUAUAUUUCAGUUCUGAAAGGUCAGGAUCGUUCAAAACAUGUUUAGAUGGUUCCUUUGACUCAUAGAUGAGAGUCCUGGAAUGCUGGAUAGUCAGCUACAACCAGAUGCAACAUGGCUUCAGGCAUUGUAACUUAUUAGGUCCCAAAAAGGUGUUUAUCAGCUGUUGAUCAGACUUUCCAUGUUUCCUCCCCAUGUCAAGGCUCGAUUUCCGCUGUUCUGUUGGCCCUGCCCGAGAAUAGACAGGGGAGGGAGAGUGCGGGCUCAUUUCCCAAACAUCGGCUGGUAAUCGAGGCUAGUCCAAUAUCAAAGUUGCAAGGAUCCAAGAAAUGUAAUUACCACUUAAAACGGGGGAAGGGGUAAAGAAUCCCUUGUAUUCAAACGAUUUUUCCCUCUGAGGCACAGAGCGAAAAAGUGUUCCUUUUUGGCAAGACUGUCUCAUCCAUUUGACUCUGGUAGUAGCUGUCCUUUCGUUAUCCAUUGGGAAAUUUAACACGGUUACCAGCCUAUCACCGGUGUUCAUUUGGGACAGAUUUCCGCCCCUCUGGGGAGUGAACUGUUGCUUUUCUUUUUCUUAAAGUAUUCUUUUUAUCUUUCCAGGUUUGCUCUAGGAAUGUUGUAUCGUGGAUUAAACACGAGCCUCAUUCAGCUGCUAAGUAAUUUCUAUGCUAACUUCGCUGUUCGUGAACUUGUAAAUCUAUUUGGUUACGCUAUUUUUCUUGUCUUCGUUACUUGGUAAGUAUCGCCAGUCCUUUUUUUUCCAUCUCGUUUGUUACAUGUAUUAUUAUCAAUAUCAAUAUCAUCAUCAUUAUCAUUAUUAUUAUUUAUAUUAUUAUAAUCUUUAUCAUUUUUAUUCUUUAGUUAUUUACUCGUUGCGGCCAGAACAAGCUAUUAGAGAGCUUUAGAUUCUGAGACGAGGACGACUGCGAGUACGAGAUUUUCUAAAUACUGAGUGUUGCUCACGCGGAACCAGCGUCAUUUUGGCUUGAAAACGUGAUAGCCGUCGUCAUGCUCGAUUUAGCAAGAAUGUUGUCCUAACGGAAACCAGUUAUAAAGUGUUAGAGGUUUUAACAUUUUGCGGAAGGAAGAUGGCUUUAGCUACUUCUGUAAAGAUAACAGUGCUAAUUUUUUGGUGAAAAAGAAGUGCAAUGAAGCUUUCCAGGGUGUCUAUAAUUUGAGAAUACGCAAGAAAACUUAAGGUCAAAUCUCGUACUCGUAGUCUUUCUUGUCCUAGAAUCUAAAGGUCUCUAUUGUAUCACUGAAGGGUCAGGAAGUAAGACAAAAGGCACAGGAUAACCAGUUCGUUAAGGAGUUAUGUGUAGGUUUUAAAAAGAGUGAUUGAGAGAAAUGUGCGCCUGUCACCCUUGGAAACGUCCUAAAAAUUUAUUGUUGGGAGACGAAGAAUGGCAAUUUUUGAGGACUUGUUAGCAUUUUAUUUGUAAAAAAGAAAAAACAGUUUAACCUCCCGUAAGCGACCACCCAAAAUGCAAAGGCUUGGUGGUCGCUUAUGAGAGUCGGACCGCAAGGGCGAAAUUUUUAAGUCGACCUAGAAUGGAGUGGUAUAUUUAUUCCAAAAAAAAAUAAUGAAAGUGUUCUUUCUGCUGCCAAUUACUGGUAGUUUUAUUGACAAAAUCAUUAGCUAUUCCAUAUGACAGUUCAUGUACGGAAGUGCACUUAAUUAGAUAACGCGCGCUAUAAAUUUGUGGUUCAAAAAUGUUACUUGUCUACGUGACUUCUUGUACUUCUUGUCCCUAAAACGUCUGACGAACAAAAACCUAACUUCUUGAACUGAAACCUGGAAAUCUGAGUCUUUUUCUCAAGGGUUAUGGUUAAUACUGCAGUUAUAGAUCGAACUAAGAAACACAGUAAUAGAUGUGUCGACAAUAAUGAAAGCUAAAGAAUAUAUUCCUUUUUGUCCAUUUUAACAAUGUACUUCACUGUUUAGUAAGACCAUGGGUCAAGUGGUCGCUUACCGGAGGUUGAAAACAAUAGAAAUUUCUAAAACUGUCAGCCGAAAAAGUGGUCGCGGUCGCUUGCAGGAGGUGGUCGUUUAGGAGAGGUUUCAGUGUAAGUCUUUGACUGAGAACAUUUGGGAGGUGGUCGCACGUGGAGGUUCGACUGUACGUUCAAAAGGGACAGACGAGUUUAAAACCUUCCUGCUGGGCUAUUUGUCUCUUUAGACAGCAAGGUGUUUCACUUUUAAAUUUUGUUUUUAAUUUUGUAGGUUUGAUCGUCGUGUGUGUACCGUCAUCUCCAUGAUUCUAGCAGGCACCUUCUGUUUGAUAUUUUCCGUUGCCUCCGUUGCAUUUUUAAAAGCAGGUAUUGAUUAUGUUAGUGCCAAGUGUUGACUUUAACCCUCGGACGUACAAGCAAAGUCAUACCCCCACCGUGGUACAAGGGGGGGCGUGGAUGGAACCCCUCCCCGGAGUUUUUGAUAUGUUGCAGUAUUUCGAAACGAUUUAACGUUUAGUGGAAAGCCUUUGAUCUUCUUAACAAGAUGAGGUAUAUUUUUUGGGUGGUGACGCUGCUGGAGGCCUGUGACGUCACCAACAAUGGUCGCCAUCUUGGCCGCUAUCUUGGAUUUUACCAAGAAUUAGAAAUCAGGUUAAAAUCGCGAGAAGUGGAUAUUUUUUGUGCUUUACAUGAAAAAUAACACAUAAAUAAGCACUUUGCAUGAUUUUAGCCACACGAUUUACUUUCAUUGUUGAAAAAAGUUGAAAAAACAUGUACUUUCACUCAAAAAUGGCUUGACCACCUGCUACUUAUGACGUCAUAUCUCGUAACCAUAGAAACGGACCAUCACUAAACUUGUCUCAAAAAGCGCGCGAGGGAUAAACGAACAGCUACUGAAAACGUCAGAUGCUGAUAUUUUAUCCUCUAGGAAAACUCUCAUAAAAACAUUAUGUACGUCCGAACGUCCGAGGGUUAAGUAGUUUCGAUCUCUCUCCUAAUUGCACUUUGAAUGAAAUUUAAAACUAUAGUCGAACCUCUCCUCGACGGCCAACUUCGUGGCAGAGGUAGUGGCCACUGUGGAGAGUUUUAAACGAGAGUGAAGAGGUAUAAGUAUUAGAAACAAGAGGGGAACCGGAACCAAAAUGCCUCUCGCAGUUGUUUCUGGGGUCGUUACCGGGGGGCGCCGGUCAGCUAUUGGUCAAUUUUUUCCCUUUCGUUAGUAACAGUCCAGACGUCUGCGGAAGUUAACUUGGUCCAGUUUUUUAUUUCGACAACAGAGGAGAGGGCCCGCGCAUACCUUAAAACCGAGCUGACCAAUGACCAGUAGGAAUCAAAGAAAGACUAUCGUCAACUCGUGGGAACGUUGUUUAGCAAAUAAUCAAAUGGUUAUCAACUCUGGUUUUGCCACAGUAAAUUGUAGGAAAUGAUAGAAAUUCAGAUUGUUUAUCCAUGUACAAUAUAUUUAAUGUACUAUCUUUGCUCUGGAAACACAAUACUUUUCUUUUUGUUUACUGCACUUUAUUUAAUAACAUUUAUUUAGGUAUAUAUUUAUAGAAGAACAACAAAACAAAUAAUCAAACAAAACAAGUCUGAGCAGCGAACGCCCAACGAUGCACUCUCUCAGCGAAGAAUUUGAUCCCACCGAACUUCGGAGAGCGCAUGCUUCUUCGGAAACGAUAGAUCUUCGCACUCUCGAGUUCGGACCCGAUUAAUUACGAAGUCCGUCUACUACGAGUGAGCGAGUGACUCAUUUGCAUAUCUCUGUCCCUGCAAUAACUCGUGGUACGCUUACGCGUCCCCACGAGUUAAAAAGGGCAAAUUUAGCACCGAAAGUCGGAUUCGGUCCUUUCCGCGCGCUUUCUUGCUCUGUGUUAACGUUGCAUUGUCUUGGCUUAAUCUGCCUAUUUAUCCGCCGGAACGAAACACAAAAGCCGUUGUGGAGAGCUGUUCGUUUAGUAGAGCUGCCACUGUUUAUGGUGGCAGUUAAAAUAAAUUUUCUCUGAAUAAGCUUUUUACACAGCUGCCUUACUGUUUUUAACAGCGUAGUGCAAUAGCAGUCAUCUUUUACUACCAUUGGAGCGCAAAGGCGGAGAAAUAGGCUUUCUUGCACAAGGGAACUUUCAAAAACUUCUCUUCUAAAGGCCCGUUUACACAGACUCUGUUUUCUUACUAUUUUUGAUGCGAUUGUAAUUGCCCGUGUAACCUAGCGGCGAUUUUAUGGUGAUUUCAUGGGGAUUUAUCGCUGCCAAAUCGCCGUUGUUUCGAACCUCAAAUUUUUCAUGCCAUUUGGCGGCGAUCAUGCGAUGAAGAAACCUACAUUAGAGGACCCUCAGGGUGUUUCGUUUAAAUGGCAUGCGCCCUACAUUACAGCACUGCACAAGGAUCGGCAGCCUCGUCUACAAGUCAGUACAUGCUAGAGUGAGCCGAACGGGAUAGCGAAUUCUCCCAAAACAAUUUUUCCUGAGGGGAAGGGGGGUCUAUACACAGGCUUUUUCUGACCAUAUGUUGUUUCAUUCUCGAUUAUCUAUAUUCUGCUUCACAGCCGUUCUUUGAGUCGUCGCGCAACGAUCGAAAUAAAGAACGGGUGUGAAGCGACUAGAUUAGGGACCUUAAGAUCCGACGACGGCGACGGCGGCGAAGAACGUCAAAAAAGCAAUAGGUUUAGUAACCAAAACAACAAUUUUGCGCGUGCAUCACGCUCUUUUGUACAUUUCUUUGCCGUCACUGCACGACUACGACCUGAAAAUGCCCAAUUUCACGUUGUACAGAGGACGUACAUAAGCGACGACGAAAUUUCCUCUCUCUAUCCGUGAACUUGGAUAUGGUUCUUAGGAAUUCAAGGUUAGGGGAUCCACCUGCAUUUGACAAAGUUAGUGACCUGGAGUAAUCGCGAUGAAGAUUAACAGAACGGGAAUUUACUUUUUCGGCGACGUUUUCACUGCCGUCGCCGUCUUCGGAUCUAAACGUCCCUAUUAACUCCAGUUUCACCCCACUUUAGAGCAUGGCACCGUCGUAGCUGUUAUUCAACUCAUCGGCCGGCUAUGUGUAAUGGUGUCCCUCUCUUCACUCAGUUUGUAUUCCAUUGAACUCUUUCCAACGGUGGUCAGGUAAUUACUGUAUUUUGUUUUAAACAAUUCACUGUAAAAAGGGUUGCGUCGUGGUUAGAGCACUCUACAGUUCCCCACCAAUGUGUUCCGGAUAUUCAUAGUUCCAAGGCGACGGUUUGUGUGAUAUCUUAACGAUUUUACCGACCUAAUACCGGGAUGUAAAUGUAAAUGUAAAUAGUUUUGUGAGCCUGAGAAUAAAGCCGCCUAUCAUCAGGGAAAGUUUUGCCAAAGAGACGUCGGCGUUGUGGCCCAAAGAAUUCCUUACUGAUGACGUACUUCUGUCCAAAAUCUGGUCAGGAGCUCUGAUUGGUUGACGUAGUAGUUUUACUCAUUCAGCUGUUGUUUGCAAAUUACAGACAAAAACCAAAUGGUCACAACGAUCAAGUUUACAGCGCGCCGAGCUACCAAGACACAGUUAUUUCCUUAGGCUUCACCAAAUUCGUAGCAGAAAUUUUACAAAAAUAUCGAGAGAUAGAAAAAAAGACUUCUGGAACCCCACUUCUUCAAGAUUGAAAAUGUAAACAUUGAUUUACCUCAGUAUGGAAUUUUUUGAAGCCGAAACGCAGACGUCUCUCUCGCGAUUGAUCCCAGCGACGGCGAGCGAUGAGAGGAGGCUGUAUCAGCAGGCUAUUUUUGUUGUUGUUGUUGUUGUUUGGCUAUCACAUUCUACUCCUCGCAUUGAGUGGUUUAAUCCAUGCUCCAUUUUCCCCUCACCUCAAGAAGAAAUUGAUCUAGAUCAAGCAAACACGCGUUAGACUAUUGUAGUUCUCAGGAGUUUUUGUGGACAACCCAGUUAUUGUUGAAAAAUAUUAUACAUAGAUGCGGUGUAUCAGUGUUAUAAUGUAUCAGUGAAUAUACUCAUAAAGUAAAGACAAAGAUAGGCUACAAAAUUCAACAGGAAAUUUUCACAUUCACGUCAUGUUACUACAACAAUUCAAUUUUACUUUCUUAAUUAAAUGUAGUAAUUCCAGUGAGGUUUUAAUUCUUCCAACAGUCCCCCAAAAUCCUGAAGCAUGUUGGUACUGAGUUCUAGUAGAAUGACAUCAUGGUCACUUAUGGCCUAUCGCUUGUUUUGUAGGUGUUCCGCAAUGGGACUGGCGACGAGUUUGGCAUACGUCGGAGCAGGCUUGGCUCCGCUGAUCAUGACGAUUGAACGGUUGCCUCAUCCAGUACUGCCACUGGGCAUCAUGGCAUGCCUGUGUUUGACCACAGGACUCUUGUGUCAUUUUCUUCUUCCCAAGACCAAAGGCUCUACAGCGGAAACAUUUGAAGAUGGCUCGGAGUUGUCACGAUUCAAGAGUUGGAGUCCAAAGACUUACAGAAAAAUAGCUAAAACUAGCGAAUCGGGGGCUCAUAGUUUAGAAAUGGUUGAAAACAAUGUUACUGAUGAAGACAACGAUGAGUUUGCGGUGAGAUUUCUUUACACGCGAACGCUUUAAAUAAAUCUGAUAGUUUUUUUCGCUAGCACACGUGUGAAGCAACGCCUUAUCGCUUCCGCCACGAAGGACAUUUUGCUGUCUCUUUUACGAAGGAUCUUCCUUAGUUGUGACCCGCGUGAAAGUGGCCACACGACCGAGGAAUAAUAUGCUGGCUUCCUUUACGAGGAGUUUUAAGCAAACUCGACCGAAGAAUGCCCAAGGGUUUAGUUGCCGGAAAGCGCGUCUCUGUAAUAUUUAUUACGUUUACAAUUUGGUACAUUUAUCAGUCUUCCUUUCAGGAAGCAAACAAUAUCAAACCAUGAAAUGUAAGAGCAUGAAAGUUUUCUGUUAGCAAGCCGUUCUACCUUCCGUUGAAUUCAGCUCCGGAAUGGUUAAUCUCGAUAAUGGGUCAACAUGAGAAGAGUUUGAAAGAACAUAAAUUAAGUUUGCAGUUCUUUUGUGAAUUCUCUAACUGUAACGUAAACCAACUUUCGCUUUUUUUUCAGGACCUUCGUCAAAGCUGGGAAGUUUCGUUUGAUAGAGUUUCUCGCGCAUCACAAUGGGAGGUGAGUAUCUUCUGGUGCGAGUGGCGAUGCAUCUUUAGCUAAUUGUGUGCCCGGAAACCGGUCAUUUCGCCUACAAUUCUUAAGGUAACUGAUGGGCCUUAGAUGUGUAGGCCAAACAACUAAGAGAUAGUAGACGAAUCGACCUCAGUGUAGGCGAAACGACCGACAUUCGUGUACCCCAGUACCCUGAGUUGUUCGAAGCUGGGUUAAGAUAACCCAGGGUUAUUGCGAGAUUUGAACUCAGAUUUGAAAGCUUAAAAAGUAUUUUAGUUUUAAUUCUUUUUGUCUGCAAGUUGAUGAUUGGAAGCUCUAAAAAUAACAGAGAAAAUUAUCUGAGAAAAUGCUUUUGAACACAAGAAAAAGAAAUCAGAGUUAAUUUUAACCCUAGGUUAAGCGCUAAUCGGCCUUCGAACAACUGGGCCCUGGGUGCCAGAGUCGGUCUAUGGUCGAAGAUGCUCCUCGCCGCAAGCGAGAAAAACCCUCUGUUACCCAAGGAAUUAAUGACCGUUGAUGAUUUGUUUUUAAUUACUCCUUUUAACAGAUGCUGACUUACGAAGAUGCUAAAAGGAGGUAAGUUAAAUUAGAGAAGCGAAACAGUAGUUUUAUUACGGUGGCCGAGUGCCACAGCUUCACAAUAUAAAACAAGGCUGUCUCUUCAAGUAAUAAGCCUAUGGUUUUAAAAUUCAUUUGAUCUCGUCUUCAGAAAUGCGCCUUCCGCGUAGAGAACCGCCUUCUCUGUAGAAAUGAGCCUCCUUCAGAGAAACACACUUUUUGCGUGGAACUAAACCUCCAUAGUAGAAAUGAGGGUUUCCUGAAGAAAUGAACCUCCUCCUUUAGAAAUAAGUCCUUAACUCCUGUACCCCAACUCGCCCAACCAGUAAUUUCAACGCUACAACUAUUUUAUUAAAAUAGGGCCAGGAUUCGGAGAACAGGGAGGCACAUCCCCACUAAGAACUCCCAGGGAUACCCCUCGGGGGUUUUCCCGUCGUCGGAGUUAAACCUGUUGUCUCAUCACAAUCAAUCAAUCAAUCAAUAAUUUAUUUACCCACGUUAACGUCAAAGCGCACAAGUGCUCGUUCAAAAUACGAACGUGCAAAUAUCAAAGACCUUCAAGUUCGUCGAAAAUAUUUCACUACUAAUCUUCUUUUCAACAGUGUGCGAUAUGUCAUGAAACACUGUCUCCUUUUUGAUAUAAUGCGUUUUCAUAAUUCUCUCUUUUGCUCUGUAGGUCGGCUUGCUCAAGUACAGUAGAACAGUCACUCGACGAAGAAUCCCAUCUUUUAACAGAGGAAGAUAUUGAUAAGGUAUCAAUCAUUUACGACUUUUACAUAUUUUGAGCAAUAACAAUUUGCCGUCUGUUCUCUUUGGAUAGACUAUUUGUUUUGCAGUGUGCUCUGAAUCGCUGUAUUCUCCUUGUCGUGUGGUAAUAUAUGGUGGACUGUCAAGUCCUGAACUAUAGAAAAGCUAUGUUCUCUGGGAUUUCGUUCAGGUUUUCUGGGAACAUACAUGCCCAUUUGAGGUGGGUUACAAACGAGUUGCCCUUGUUUGUAACGAGGGUACCAACUCCACAACCCUUGACAGUUGGGAUAUGGUUACUGCUAGAAUUUGCUACGUUUCUUUAAUGGUUAUUUUACGUAUCACAGUUCAAGUGUUACGAGACGGGGCCUACGAUUUUCCUUCUUCAUCCGAGAAGACCAUAAAGUUUAACUAAUUGCAAAACCAGAGCAAAGACAGUGCAUUUUCCUCAGUUAUCUCAAUUGCGACCCUAAGGCUGGUGCGGCCGAGAACGCGGGCUUACCUCACCCUAGUGGCUCAAAAUGUGGAUAGUGCUGUGCACCGAAUAAAUUACUAUCCAAUGGUAAAGGACCGGUCAUUAUUUAUCGCCUGCGGGGGGGGAGGAUUUUAGGGGGAUCACUUGAUUUUUGGAAGAAAAAAAGUGGGAAUCAGUCAUAACUGAGAACCCAAAAGGGGGGAUGGCUAAAAACUUUGGAAGGAUUCAGAGGGGGAGGGGGCACUCAAAUUUGCUUGGAAAAUGAAGAAAAUGAAGCGCUAUCAAACGUUUGAAUAACAGGAGCCAAAUUUCUGCUUGCGAGUCCGCUCAUGUCUUAUCUUCUUUCAAUCAUUUUCUUUUAGCUUUCACGGCAUGUCCCAUCAUCCACCUGGAUACUGGUCUAUAGUACAAAUCAACAUGGUAUGAGCCUGAAUAUGCUCUAUCACAGGCUGAGAGACUUGGAAACUCCUGUCCUGUUGGUAGUAAAUGAUCAAGAGGGAUUUGUAAGUGAGCUCUAUUUAUAUAGUGUCAUCUGGAACCGAUUUUCGUGUUAAUCAUAACUCUAACAAAAUCCUCAAAUCGGAUUGCCUACCAGCUGACGGAUUUAUUACAUUUAGCUAUAGGGUAUUCGGACUUGUAGGCGUUUACACAAACACAGCCAAUUGGAAAAAAUUGAUUACCACUGUUCCCUUUAGCUUACGGAUUCAUAUUUUUGGGCACGCGACCAAACUCGGAUGUUUGUAUUUCGGGUUCAGGCAGUCCAACUAGCAUAGACCUAGCUUCAAGCCUUAUGCAUGUAUCCCUGACCUAUUUGACGAAAUUGCGCUCAUGUUUGGCCUUCUUCGAAUGAUUUCUGUCUCCCGCACAACGUUUACAUCAUAGGUAACUUUGCACAAAAGUGAAAAGAUAGCAAGAGAUACAGAUAGUGGGUCCCUCCACCACACACGUACACGGUUAUAUUGGGGCGUCUUUAUUUCCAGUAUCAUACAUUUUGAAAGUGAAAUCCAGUUCUUUUUGUUAACAUUUGUUUAUUAGGUGUUUGGUGUAUUUUCUCCCAUUUCUCCUCGGAUGGACGCUAGUUUCUGUAGGUUUGGAAAAUCAUAUUUCUUCACUUGUAGACCACAGUUCAAGGUAAGCUUAGCGAUAAGACCGAAAACUAUAUAUAUUGUCCAGUGUUUCAUCUCAGUGGUGGACGACCAGCCCUUUCUACCAGCGUUUUUUCUUCACCUACACACGAGGCCAUUUAGAAGUUUUUCAGUUUAUCCAAGCAGUAUACAGGACGCUUGUCAAUGAAUCUACUGACCGACUUAGCUCUCAAACGACUUCUCCCAUAAAGUAAAUUGGUGGUGUGGUUUUUGAGGGCUCAGACGUUUUCCUUGUCCCAAUUGCUCUUUUUUUCUGCAUCACUGUAACUCUUUAGAAACAGGCGAUAUUUAUGAGCUCUAUGUAGGGGAAUCCAAGACAGUCUCGAAUUCUGGAUUUCGGAUUCUUUGUGAAUGGAACUUGGAUUCCGGAUUUCAAUGGUUAGUACCAUUCCGGUUUCCUUGAGCUGUAAUUUCGGAUUCAAAAACUGAGGAUUCCAGAUUCCACCAGAUAAAAUUCCCGAAUUCCGGAUUUCAGAAGCAAACAUUUUGCGGAUUCCGGAAUCCGGAUUCCCCUACCUGGUCGAAAAGUUAUGUUCAUUAUCGGGGCCCACAUAGUCUUACCCUGGGUUCCAGAGAAUAUUUUUUCUUAUCGAUACAAAUGUUUCGCGGCGAAGCCCCGUCCACAAGGCGCGAAGCGCCGAGAGACGUCAACGAGCGCCGAAAGAAACGUCCGUCUCGGGAGCCUUAUCAAACCGUAAGCACGGUUUAUUUUAUCCAAGGUAUUAUAAGAACGGACUUCUGGAGGCAGGGUAACGUAGUCUCACAAUAUCACAUGUAAUUAGAGAUACAGGUAUCUACAUUUGCUUGGCUCUUUUUGUAGAUUUAUCCAUGCCGUGGAAGAAAUUCUUACUACAUGACGGGAGAUGCAAAUGGCCUUGCCUUCGGAAGCAGUGAGUAAGUGUUUUUCUUUUCGGCGUUUUUAUAUUUAAUGUCACUCUUCCUUUCCGGGUGUUGACGAAUAAUGCGUACGCUAUACUAUUUUGUUUAUGAAUUUAAUAAUAAUUAGUAAAGUACAUCAAUGAAAUAAAACUUAUUUUAAUCGACAAAGCAAUGAUCUUCAGUCUCUAGUUGAGUUAUGUGUUGCUCAACCGAGUCGUUCGCAGGUCACCGGUAGGAAAGAACCCUGGGAGCGAGGUUGUGUCUUGAUAAGUUCAUGUCUUUUAUAUCAAAACCCUUCUUCUUCUAGGAGUGAUUAUCAAAAUCGCGGGAGUCCGAUUUUUUCAAUCACGGGUAUGAUUACAGACCGAAUUGGACGAUACGAAUCGAAUUUCUGUUACAAUUUUAUCAUAAUCAUUACAAUAUUCGAGAAAAAAAAGCAUUAUGUUUUUUUGAAAGAGCUUUUAAUAUCAAUUAUCCAAAAUUAGGGAAAAUAUCAAAGAGACAUUGUGUAAUGUUACAAAUUCGUCCAUUUUUGCUUUGGUUAUUGUGAUAAAUUCAGCGAUUAUAGGCGUCCGAUUACAGUCAACUGUCCGAUUACAACCCUACACAAAAAUAAAGCAGUCAACGCACCAAUCAAAUUUGCGGAAAUUGUAACGGUUAUGAUUAAUAGUGGAAUUCUCUUUUUGAUCGGGCUGUUCUAGCCAGCCAAAACUGACAAACAGUAAGCGCCCCUAGUAUGCUGACGCGAGGACACAAAGAACGACUGCAUUAAAGACUAUGAAGUACCUUGAUCAAUAUUAAAUUUUUGUUAAUUUUCAGGGGGAAAUUUGGGCUUUGGUUAGACAGUGAUCUGUAUCAUGGUAGAAGCACUGCCUGCGAAACUUAUGACAGCGAGAUGCUUUCCGCCACCGAGGAUUUCAUUUGUCUUGGCGUUGAAGUCUGGACUUUUGGCUAGAUGGAAAAGCAAGAUCAGUCUCUGUCAAGUGCCAAGUAGCAAUCAGCCAUAUAAUAUGCGAUUUAAGGUGAUGUUACAGGGGACGAUUUCGCAACAACGAUUUUUAGCGCAACACAGCGUUGCAACAUUGUUGCGACAUUGAUUCAAAUGGUUGCAACAUUGUUCCACCAUUGCGAUGCUCUGUUGCACAAAAAAUAGUCGUUGCGAAUCGUCCCGUAUAACAUCACCUUUUCGCUUUUCAGAUAAGGAUACAAAGCAGCUGUCAUCUUAUUAUGGGCGUGCCUAAAAAGACUAGGGUAUCUUUGGGAAAAUCCAAUGAGC